AUGACUGCCAGUGCGAUUGCAGAUGCCGCCACCACGACUGCUGCACUGGCAUCGACUUCACUGACGUCUUCGGUGGCAGCAGGCGACACCGAGCUGCAUGUGGAGUCCACGGUGGGGUUCGACGUCGGCGGCUCCAUCGAAAUCGAGGGCGGCGGCAACCGCGAGUCGGGGCUCAUUGUGAGCAUCGGGUCGUUCACGCUGGCCAGCGGGUUGGCGAACGGCUACCCCCUCGGCUCUACCGUCACCUACGUCACCCCACCACUACCAGGAACGAUCACCAGCAGCGCGAUGGCCACGUAG